AUGCAGAACCAGAUGCACGCAGAAGGCAUCCAGCAUCCUCCGCCGGAUGCGCGCUGGAUCUUGGACCCGCUGGGGUGCCUGCAGGCGAGCGGGGCGCUGCGCUGCGCUGGGGCCAACAGGGGGGCGGCGGAAACCCUCAUUUGUUAUAGCUGCGAACAGAUGCUCUGCCGCGCCGGCGGCCACGCGACGCACGCCGCGCUCCUCUCGUCGCUGCAGCCGGCCGAGGGGGGCGCGCAGUGCAGCAACGUGUGGACGGCGGGGACGAUCGCAUACCGAUGCAAGACGUGCCAGACCAACCCGACGGCCGCUGUCUGCAUAGAUUGCUUCAGAGCAGGCGGCCACGAGGCGCACGACUGGGUCCAGUACCGUAGUGGCAGCGGUGGGUGCCGGCGGCACUCGGGGGCGCCAGGGCCGUGGGGUUGGGCGGAUGCAGGGGGCUGGCCGGGUCACGUCGGCGGGCCGCAGGCGUGCGGCGGCGGCCACACGGCCCGCAAUUGUCCAGCCAGCGUGCGCGUGCGACCGACCGCGGUGCCCGCCCAGCGCACCGCCCUUGCCCAGCGCACCGCCCUUGCCCAGCGCGCCGCCCUGACAUCCACCUCGCCGCGCCGGUGGCCGCCGCAGGGGGCUGCUGCGACUCGCCACUCCCAAGUGCGACGCUUUGCUGCGCCCGUGCGGCGGCCUGUCGCGCUCUCCAACCCGCCGCGCCCGCCCCCGGACCCCGCCGCGCCCGCAGGCUGCUGCCCGCGCCACCGGCCGCGUGAGCUGGCGCCGGACCAGCCGAGGCUCAGCCCGCCGCUGCUGGAGUGCGUCACGACGGCGGUCGGCUUGGUCAUGGCGCGGCUGCUCGUCGCCAUAGAGGCGUGCUCGCUGGCGGCCGCCGGCGGCGGCGCGCACGCGGCGCACGAGCAGGCCAUCGCCGUCUCCCUCUGCCAGUGGCUGCAGCCCCUGAUCCGGAUCGGCGCCGUCCGCUCCGUCGCGUGCGCGAUCGUCUCGGCGGCCCUGCCGCCUCCGGCCCAGCCCCAACCUGAGGCCCCGGCGGCGCCGGCGGCGGCGGGCGGCCUAAGUGAGCUGGAGCGCCUCGCGCACCCGUCCGCCGCGGCCGCGCUGCGCGCGCUGUGUGCACGGCUGGUGCCCGCCGCGGCCGCGCCGAGGUAUCAGCCGCCGCUAGGGAAGCAGGACUGCCUCCUGCGCCGCCUGCUGUUCUCUCUGUCGUCCAUGCCGCCAGACGUCAGCACGGAGGCGGUCACGCUGCUGCUGCUGCUCCUAUACGAGCCCGACUGCAAAUAUGCCGCCGCUUCCCACCUGCUGGAUUUCUACGGCAUGAUGCUGGCCCAGAUCGCGGCGUCCCGCAGCGGGGCUCGCUCCCUGAUGCGCUCCCUGGAUAGGAUGAUGGUUCAGCUGGUCAACAGCGAUGAGGUUGUGGAGAGGCUGAUGAGGGAUCAGUCCCUGCUGCAAGUCAUGAUGGACGGCGUGUGCCUCGUCACGUCCGGCGCCGUCGCGCGCCUGUCCGGCGCGCCCGGCCCCGCCGCCUCCUUCAGCGCCCAGUGGGCGGGGCCCCUGGCGGCGCACCGCCGCGCGGUGGGGGACCUGACCACGGCGACGCACCACGCGCAGCUUGCGGCGGCGGCGCUGGCGGCGCCGGAGUUGUUUGAGGGGCGCCUGCUGCUGGCGCUCGCGAGUAUCCAGGGCGCGUCGUCGCACAGACGCGUGGCGGUAGGUGACAUGCUGCAGGCGACCCAGGGCCCCUUGGCGGCCUUCCAGAUUGAGUUCUACCUUCUGACAGGCGUCACCGAG